GUUAAGACAAAAAUACGAAGUUAUCGUCACCGAGGAGUGGACUUCAUCCCUUCAGGAGAAAGCCACUUCACAGAGAGCCUGUCCGUCUAAUAUACGUAUCUUGAACGGAGAUCACAGUAUCUACGCGACAUCAGAAUCGAUUAUAAAAGAGACCACUUCCCACCGCUCUUCACAGCCUGUGACCACCUUCCACAGAGCCAAGACACCUCCGACCUUAAUAGCAACCCUUUCUCCCCCUUUUCUGCACACCAAACUCAUCAGCCAAAAUGAAGGCCUCUAUGGUCUUUCUGUCCGCUCUCGCCGAGUUGGCCGCCGCCACUCCCGCCGUCCACAAGAGGCAGGGAGACGAGAUCUCCUUCGAGGAUAUCGACCUCCAGUCUCUCAUCGAACAGCUGGAGAGGGCCGGUAUCGACACCGCCAACGUGCAGCCCAACCCAGAACAGAGCAACUGCGCCAGGUGCGUCGACAGCUGCUCCGACGCAGGUGACGCCUUCAACUUUGCUUGCAAGGUUGUCAAGUGCGGCAUUCAGGUAAGUCGUGCUCUAGAUAGGGGGGCCUGCUGUCUGCAGGCCUGAUGCAGCAUGCUAACGUGUCCGUAUCUGUUCAGUGCCUCAUCGUGUAAUCCCAGCCUUACACAGAACUUGGAAGUUAUAACAUGGCUCGGUGCCAAGUGAUGGAGCUAGCGACGGACGAUAUAUGGAGUUCUCUGGGAGGUUGGUUGGAGCAAAAUGGCCCCCGAGGUUGAGCUCGGCCGACUCGUCGUGGGUUCCUGUCGUUAUCGAAGUUGAUCCACAAGAUCUUCCAACCACUUUUGACUCGGUUCCGUUGAAUGAUAAGUAACGUUGAUUAUGCAUUGUCUGCCGUAGCCUACUGCCUCUUUCCCCAGCCUUCUAAACGGCGUUUCGUUGCACUAUGGCCGCGACAUGAAUACACUCACAGCGCUCUCCAGGUGGAUAACAUGAGAGACACGAUCGAGCCGUAGCUAACGAGAUAUUAUAAGCAGGACAGGGAUCUGCAUGGAGGGGCAGGACGUUACCUAUAUCUAUAGUUCCCUGGCUCGAG